AUGCCGCUCAAAAUACACAUCGUUUAUUGUGGCGCCUGAGGGUACCGAAGUCGGUUUCACCACCUCAAGGAUGAACUUGCAACCGAGUUCCCUGGAGAGAUAACUGGUGAGGGGACCCCGACGCAGACUGGCUUCCUGGAGGUGCAGAUUGUGGGAGGGAAACUUCUCCACUCCAAGGCCAACGGCGAUGGGUUUGUAGACUCAGAUGAGAAGCUACAAAAGAUCUUCUUCAGUGGAGUGGAGAAAGCCCUCGAAAAGAAGUAG